AUGCAAGGUUCUAACUUCCAACGGGAAGGCCUCGGCGCCCGUAUCGCCAUCACACUGGCCGUGGUUGGCCUCACCACAGUCUUCUACAAGAUGGUGAAGACCCGACUGUACAUGUAUCGUCUCAGGAAACAAGGAAUGCCAAUGCCUCCCUGGGACCCUAUCUUCGGACAUCUGCGAAUUAUGCCCGGUCUUGCCAAGAAGUGUCCCAGUGAUGCCAUGCAAUCUCAGUCGUUCGCUAUCCUCUCUAUGGAGUACCCAGGACUGCAAAACGGCUUCUAUAUUGAUGUUUGGCCAUUCAUGUAUCCAAUGUUCGUCUGCACCACUCCGCCACUCGCCGUGCAGGCCUGUCAGACCUACAAUCUGACGAAGCCAACCGACCUCCUGGCAGGAUUUAUCAACCCAAUGGCGGGUGGAGAUAAUUUUUUCACGACCAAUGGUGCAGUGUGGAAGCGUGAUCGCGAUCUGUUCAACCACGGUUUUAGCAUGGCAGCCGUGCUAGGGCAUGUAGACUACAUCCUAGAGGAAGCAGAGAUCUAUGUUGAAAUUCUUCGAGAGCAUGCCAAGAAGGGCGAUACAUUCUCCAUGGACGAUCUUGCUUGUAACUAUAUGAUGGAUGUAGUCGGCAAUGUCGCACUGUAA